UCGAUUUCCAUCAUUCAAUGUCGUGUUUUAAUAUAAAGAAUUAAAUUACCAAUCGCCUUCGUCGCUAAAUUUCAUUAAGUAAAAUUACCUUAAACCUGUGUUUAAUAAUUAACUACAUGAAUAUAUUGCAUUACCUCAAAUUAAUUAAAAAAGCCAGAAUGUCAAGUUCGAUCCAUCAAUUUAAAUAUCUUGUUAGGUUGCGUGUCCAUAAGGAUCAAUAAGUGUAACAUCUGUAUUUUACUUCUCAUUAUUAUAUAUAAGCUGGCUUUUGACGGGAUGGUCUCGCCUGUUUUCGUCAUGAUAUUUGCCUUGACGUUACUCUUCUCUGCCACUUUCACUUCCCUCUUAGUUACUUGCUUGCGUGAAGCAGAAGAUAAGAAAAUUAUUCCCGAAGGUUACAAUCCUGACGUUCCACCAAUGAUUAAUAAUUUACCUUCAUCGAUUUAUAUUGCAUGCCAAAUACUCGGAAUCGAUCAAAUAAAUGAAGAUACCAUGGACUUCCAUCUGAUUUUGGGACUGAUUGCAGUUUGGAAGGAUCCGAGAUUGAACUUAGACCAUUUAGUUUCCAAAUAUCCCGUAAUUUUUCCAAGUAAUUUAGUAAGUAAAAUCUGGAAACCAGACUUUGGAUAUCCAAAUACGAAAAAGGUCGAAGCAUUCGAAGAAACUUCAAAAAUUUCCGUUAUAAAAAUUCUUUCUGACGGAUCGCUAUUUGCACCCAUCAGGAUAAAUUUUUUAGUCGACUGUCCAAUGGAACUGCAUAAUUAUCCGAUUGACGUUCAGAUUUGUAAGUUCUACGUUGGUUUAGUUACACAUACAGAUAAAGAAAUCAGUUUAGAAUGGAUGGGAGAGAAGAACAGUCCUUACAAGCAUCUUGGUAAAAGUAUACAAGUCAGAAAUAUUAAUCUGUUAAAAUACGAGACGGAUGAUAUCAGAUCUAAAAAAGUUACACAGGUUUGGGUGAGCGGUAACUUCACUGUGUUAAUUGCCGAAUUUAAAUUUAAACGACGUUUGACCGGUAACAUGAUGAAUGUCUACAUCCCUAGUACACUAGUAGUCAUGCUGUCAUGGCUCUCAUUUUGGAUCGACGUCCACGCAACACCCGCACGCAUCACUUUGGGUGUGACUUCAAUCCUGACUUUAGUCACUCAUUUGGUACAGUCCAGAAGCUUCGUGCCUCCUGUGGAUUAUUUGAAGGCUCUGGAUGUUUGGUUUAUAUUCUGCAUCGGUGUUAUAUUUUUAUCGUUGCUGGAAUACGCAUUCGCUUAUCAAUCCGUCAUCAAUGUAAAAGAGGAAAAAGAAGUUCAAACUCCUGCAUUGGAGUCAGAUCAGAAGAAAAAGAAAUUAUCUACAACAGUUAAAGGAUGGAUGUCACACUUGAAAGAUAUAAAGAACACUCUGAUUGUGUCAAAGCACGUAAAUUCUUAUGAUAAAGUGUCCAGAUACAUAUUUCCCUUUGUAUUUAUAAAUUUCGUUAGCUUCUAUUGGUUAUAUUAUCUGGGUUGCAGAUAUACUCAUUCAGAAAUGUGACUAUGACAAAGUAAAGUAAACAUUUCAGUUACUUUAGAGGUUUUUGGUGGUGAUUUAGUAGUUAUAGUACUUUCAAUAUUUUAACCAGCUAAACUUUCCUUCUAUCAUCAAUUUAAUGCAAUAUGAUUUACUUGAAUAUUCUUCAAAAUAGUUGCUUGAUUUGAUAUCAUGUGAGAAAGUUUCUUCGAAAUUAAAAGAAAGAAAACCACCAUUAGAUGAUUUAAUGGUGCUUAUGUUAAACUAUAGAAAAAUUUACACAUUUUGAAAAAAAAUAUUUAUUGGCAAUUAACUCAAUAACGAUUACACUUUUGUCUUGUAUGUAAUCACCAUCAAUACCAAUCAUAUCUGCCACCUUUUCUGCAAACGUUCGAUCACGUGAGCUAUAACGGGGUUUUACUUCGAAGAAAGUCUCGAGCGUCGUUCACGCAUGAGUAUUGUCAUUGAACUGUGUAUUGCCAAUAUGGCGCGAAAUAGAUCACAGUCAAUUGGCACCAAGUAUGGCCAGUAAAAUGCAUGAGACAGACAGCCCGGCUUCUUUAAUCUUUGCUUUAUGUGCUGACGCGUUGUUAUGAUGGUAUCAGACUUUGUCAAUUUUUGACGUGUAUGGGAACACUCAAAUUGUGCUAAUUCUCUGGUGAUCAACCGUAGAGUAUCCUCUAUCAGUUUCAGAACGUUAUCAUCAAUGGUGCAAUCGCUGUUUGGAUAUCUAGCCUCGAGUCCGAUUCGAUUGUGAACGUCACCUGGUACCAACUAGUUUAGUAAAUGGUCUCCGAACGAACUGAUACUACGUGAUGUUCUCAACACGUCAGUGCUGCUACUUACAUAAUUCGAGGCUAAGAACUCAGGAUGACGUCCAUCUUGAAGCGAUGGAAAUCUCCAGAUUAAAAUUUCUCGAACCAAUUAUAGUGGGUCUUCCUGUUGACAAUGUCCUCUCCAAAUUGCCUUGUAAAUGAGAUCGCGAGCUUCAUUGUGCCCACUAAAUUACAGAGCAACAACAGAGAAUCGUUCAUUCGAAACUUCCAUAUUAUCAGACACGGUUUAUAAGACUAUUUCCAAUAAAACAUGACAAAAUGUUCUCUGGUUACGCUACUUAAAUACCCACAUCGAACGUUCCAGAACAUUUUUUCCAGUCGUUUCUAGAGAAAAUCAAAAUGUCUAAGUUUUACCUUUGCAAUCUGUAGCUAUGUUAUUGUGGAUUAUCUCGA